AACAAAGGAGUGACACGAAUUCUAGAAACGGCAGAAUGAUGCGAUCAUAUCUAAAGAAUAUCGAUUAGUAGGACAGGAAAGCAAGAGACCUAUAAAAUGGUUACCGUUAAUUGACUUAUGGUUCACCAUGUUGUCUUGAAAUGUUUUAUCAUGUCUUUUCUUGUCACUUCACUGGAUAGUCUAUGACUGUUACUCGCGCAAAAUAAAAUGGCGUGUUCGACACGUUGUUUGAAGUUCGUUGUCUUUACAUUUAUUGUCGUAUUCGCGGUGUCAGGAGUGGCGGUGAUGAUCAUCAGUGUUGCCAACUUAGUGCACUUCUACUCACACAACGACUUCGUACCCAGUAAUGUCUCUGUCCCAGUACUGCUGAUCGCUUUAACAGGGUUGGGGUCUUGUCUUGUGGCAGCACUGGGCUGGCGUGGAACCAUGGCAGGGAACACCUGCCACCUAUACAUGUUUUCAUUUCUUCUGAUUACUGUGAUCAUGAUUGAAUUUGGAAGUGCUAUAUGGGGUUUGACGUCUCGGGCCAACUUCGAAGACGAAAUGACCAAAGCCAUGGAGGAAUCAUUUUCUUCCUACGCAAAGGAUAAAGCUGUCGCUGACGAAUGGAAGUCCUUACAAAAGGCGCUGGAGUGUUGCGGCAUUGAUGGGCCUAAUGAUUACCGUCGCUUCGGGGUGGUGGAUUGGUCGUGCUGUCUCUCCGAGACACAACGCGAGGGCUCAUGUCAUGUGAUGAAACAGCAAGGAUGCCUUGUGUCCUUAACCCGCGACUUUCAGAAGAGACUCCUUUGGGUGUCUCUGCUAUCCAUUGCGGCAGCCGUCAUGCAGAUGCCUGGCGUGUUCUGCACAUGUUGUUUAUCAAAUUCACUCAGAAACGUACAGCGAAGAAACAGAAUUCGAGAUAGGAUGUUGCUAGAGGUGAAGAGUUGAGAAGAUGCUCUACAUUAGUGGGGAUUUCGGUGGAUUACUGAACUUUUAAGAAUGUUUAAAUUGAAUCUUAACAUGGUACAGUAAAUAUCAGUGUGCUCUGAAGGGAUGGGGCGACUAUGUCCACUUGAGGGGGGGGAGAUGAGUUAUUUACAUUUUUUUAUCGUAUUCUGGGUUUUGACGGCACGUGGACUUGUGAGUACCAAUGCUUCGCAGGAACAUACUGCCUCCAACUUCAUAGUUGAAAUCUUGGAGCUAUUUAAAAGUGACAGAACCGGAGAGUCUGAAGAUUAAAAAAGUGUGAUAUUAAAAUGUCACAUAGCAUUCAUUGAACACAUGAUAAGACAGGAUAACACCGAGGUGGACCUCUUGCAGAUGUACAGGGUUAUUCAUAAUUCCCUGACACAUUACAAAAAGUCGCAUCCUUUGGACCAUUCAUGUCUGCCGAUUUUUUGUAAUGUGUCAGGGAAUUAUGAAUAACCCUGUAUUGCACCGAUCACAGAUGGAGCCGGCUAACGAUGUAUUUUAUCUGUUCGGUUAUGAUACGUCUGAGAGUACGAAGUACCACUGAGCCAUGAAAGUAAGACAGAAGACUUUUCACUUUUCAUUUUUCAAAGUGUUAGCCGGGCUAACAUGGUUAACACGAAAGCUCCUCCAGCUGCCUAUGCAAUUAUAUAGUUAAAUAGACCCAAAAUCUACAAAUCUUAAGAUAUUUAAAAAAAAAAUUAUAUAACUGCAAUAUUUGUAUGUAACUGGCCUAUUUAAAGUAAAA